ACCGCGAAUGUCUCAACGAAAAAGGCAGUUAUCGAAAAUAGUUCUGACUACGUCCAGGGGGCCGGUGAUGAGGUAAAAGAUUACGUAUGCGGCUCCAGGCAACCAGCAGAGAUCGGACCUCGAUACCGACACAUUGCACACUCUCCCGAUGCCCUCAACACGUCACACUCGAUCGGCUCCGAUGCCCCCUUUCUCUCUGAUUUGACUGAGUCUGCUAUCCCCAUAAGUCCAGAACACAUUGAGUCCUCUUCCAUGCGACAGACAAAAUGCCAGCCCGACUUUAAAAUGAACUCAAACUUAACAAGACCUAAUCGAAUGCAAUGUUCUACUACCCCUUACGCCCUGGGGAACCGAAUAAUAGAUCAUUCUUCGGUGACGCCAGCGAUAGUAGCCACCUCCGAAGAUCCUGUCAUGGAGUGGAAUCAUGAGAGAUCAGCCUCUUUACCUUCAGAAACUUACCCUCGUCACAGUAAUCAAAAUCAACAAUAUCAUCAUCAUCUCCAUCGACACCUUCAUCAUCACCACCAUCGGGACGACGUUAAUCUUGAUUAUGAAAAGUCUCAACAUGUUGGCCUAAAGAAGAUGUCACAUUCAAGCAGUCUAACUGCCUGGCAGCCAGGCAUGCUAAACCAAUUGAACAUUGAGCUGGAUGCUUCUGAUGCUGAUGGUGCCGACUCUCACAACUCCAUUUUGCCUACCUUGUCUCCAUUUUCGGACAAUUUCAGAGGCCAAGUUACCACAAUCAAUUCUACAAUGACGGCCGCUACCCAAAACUCCAUCACUACAGCACCUAACGCAAGUUCACAAGAG